CUGGCCGCCGUCGCCUGCCUGCUGCUGCUCUUCGUCUGGUACUGCUACCACGUGGGCCGCGAGCAGCCGCGCGCCUACGGCGCCGCCGUCAACGCGCUCAUGCAGGGCGCCGAGGCCAACGGGCUGCAGAACGGCUACGCGUACUGCCAGGCGCCCGAGUGCGUGCGCUGCGCGCACAGCGACGGCCUCAACCAGAAGCUCUACCACAACCUGCAGGAAUACGCCAAGCGCUACUCCUGGUCCGGCAUGGGCCGCAUCCACAAGGGCAUCCGUGAGCAGGGCCGCUACCUGAGCAGCCGCCCCUCCAUCCAGAAGCCCGAGGUCUUCUUCCUGCCGGACCUGCCCACCGUGCCCUACUUCUCGCGGGACGCUCAAAAGCACGACGUGGAGUUACUGGAGCGCAACUUCCAGACCAUCCUGUGCGAGUUUGAGACCCUCUACAAGGCUUUCUCAAACUGCAGCCUCCCGCAAGGAUGGAAAAUGAACAGCACGCCCAGCGGCGAGUGGUUUACCUUUUACCUGGUGAACCAGGGCAUGUGCGUGCCCAGGAACUGCAGGAAAUGCCCACGGACGUACCGCUUGCUCGGCAGCCUUCGCACCUGCAUUGGCAACAACGUCUUUGGGAACGCUUGCAUCUCCAUGCUGAGCCCCGGCACCGUCAUCGCGGAGCACUACGGCCCCACCAACAUCCGCAUCCGCUGCCACCUAGGUAAGCGCCCG